AUGUCACAUUCACUGCCCUCGAUCGACUUCUCGCCUACCCUUGCCGAUGGCUCCAAGGUGUACUUUUACCCGCUGACAAACGAAGACGAUGUCCAGUGGAUAAUCGACACCAUCGCGACAGACACGGUACUCUUCCCCGGAGUGGCUCCUCAGCAUGCUGAGACCCAUGAAACACGAGCCGAGGAGACUUUGGCCUCCAUGAGCAGGCGCAAGUCCAUUGAGAAGACCGCUAUCGCGAGCAGAAUCCAAGCCAGAAACCUGCGGGGAUUCGUCGCGAAGACGGGUACAAGCCGCGCGCCAAUCGGCUUCGUCACCUACACGAUUGCACCUCGAAGUCAGAUUGACAAGCCAGGAUCCACCGCGUGCAUGCUCAACUCGUUUUUUGUCUCAGAGAGCGCCAGGCGGCAAUACAUUGGGCUCUUCCUCGGUGAGGAGGUCCUGGGCGCUGUUCACAUGGGGGACACUGGUGACACCCUUGACGUUGAAGGUGUGUCGAGCAAAGCGGAGGGUGCUGCAGAGCUCUUCGAGAAGAUGGGCUUCCUUAAGACUAGAGAGGUCAUCGAAGAGAACGGGGACGCGCAACAGAGUCUCAUCUUGACGUGGUUCAGGCCGGAACCGGAGUCAGCGGAAGGCUUUGGAGUGCGAUAUGAUGGUAACGAUACGAGAUACGUCGGUGACGGGAUGACGACGUUGAAGCGUGGAGUCAGGGUUGAUGCGUUGUGA